AUGCGGUGGCGAUUGAAGGACGCAAUUUGGCGAACGUCGUCCACAUUUAGCCGCAAGGACUCAAAAUCCUCUGCCGACGCGCCUUCACAACCGUCGCAACCGCUCGCGAGAACGACAAUCUCAGAUUGUGCGGUAAAGACCGUGUUUAAGACGCCCGAGCUGCUAGAACUCAUCCUGGUGCAUCUUGACCAGCAAGAGCUGUUGCGUGCGCAGCGAGUCUGCCGACGCUGGAAGGACAUCAUCUGCUCUUCGCUACCUCUCCGGCAAAAGCUCUAUCUCUCGCCCGCCGCCAAGAUCGACGAGAGCAUUCCAGUCGACAACGCGUGGCUGAAGAGCAGGUUUCCCGAUCUUGAAACGUAUCUUCUGCAGGGCAAUCCCAAAUGGAGACCGAAGUUCAUCAAGGCGCUAGGCGCGCAGGACUUUGACAGGCUUGGAGCAGACUUCUUCCUUGACUCCAAUGCCUCCUGGAAGAACAUGCUUCUGACUCAGCCUCCGAUAAAAGAGGUCGUUGUCUACUCGAAUAUCGGGGACAUGUCAAGGCCCGCAUCAAAGCAGAGUCGGCGAGGCGCCGGCCUGCAACUCGAGAAGCAGCGCCAGCCUGAUAUGCCGAGCAUGGAGGAGCUGAUAAAGGCAUCUGUCACGGUGAAGAGCGCGACCGGCGUCACAAUGGGGAUGGUGAUAGACGCUGGCAUAGAGGCCCGAAGACGCGGAGCCGCUGCGGCAAAGAGGCGUAUGUCCGAUCGAAAGGACAGCGGCUACAUCUCACUAGAUGAAAAUCGCGCGGAGGAGAUCGAGGUUUCGGUGGUCGAGGUCACUGACUAG